ACUGCCAUGAACAGAAGUUUGAACAGAGCAGAGUCCAGAUAUUUUGGUUGCAGUGAUUGCAGUGAUGCAGAUGAUAGUAGGAGGACAAAAGAGAUCAGAGAGAAAGCAAAAACUGAUGGGCCCGGCAAUGCCUGAAACAGAAAUGAGUGGCACUGCACUGCACCAUCAAAUACUACUCUCACUUUUCUCUCUUUUUGUUUGUUUUUACUCUGUUGUGGCUCUUCUACCUUCAUCUAUCUCAAUUUAAAGCCUACUUUUUCAUUUAUCUCUCAACACUCCUCAUGCAUAGCCAUUGGUAGGUGCAUAGCAUAGCUUUGCUUAAGCUUAGUUCCUUCUUUUUAGUGUAACUCAUUUUCCCUGUUUAACUACUUGAGAAGGUGGUUUUUUAUUUACAAGUGUCAAGUGAAGACAGUUAAAUGUUGAGUUUUGUGUGAGUUUAGGAGUUGAGAGAGGAAGGCUAUACAAUGAAUCUUGAUGGGAUCUGCAAAAAUGGAAGUUAAUCAGUUUUGGGUAUUGGAUACUUGACUAAAAGUAUUCCUGCUGUUCAUGCAAAAGGGGGUCAAUGCAAGCUUUUGACAAUACCCUUGUUUAGCAUGCUUUGCACAAGAUGGCAAUUAGUUACCAGGAAUUCAAACAGAGUGAUCAUGCCAUUCUUGAAGAGUGCUGUUCUUAGAGGCCAUUGAAGUACCAAGAGCCUCUUGUUACGUUUACUAAUUGUUAUAUCAAUGGAGAAUGCUAUGUUUAGUGAUCCAUUGGACAUGGCUGACCAAAAUUCUACUUGCAUUGAAGAUAAUAUCACACAGCACCUCAUCCCAAAGCCACUCAUCUAUUGCUGUUCAUUUGACCUCAAUAGCCAAAGCCACAUCAUAAAUGGGAUUCCAAUACUUUCUGGAGAGCAAACUGAACAUAUAAGUAAUGCCCAAUUAGAUGGUAGCUUCAUAAAUCCAGUUACUAUUGCUAAUUCCAAUUCAUUUGCUACAUCACAAGGGAUGACUUUUAUGCUAGAUGCCUCAAAUCCCACUGGUAACAGUGACUUUGAGGAUCAUUUAGCUGGAGGAAGGCCAAUUUCUUGUGCUUCAGUUCCUGCUAGAAUUGGUCUUCAAGAAAACUUAGAAAAUUCUGCAUCUUUGGAGGUAUCAGGACCAUUGGUUUUCAAUAAUUGGCAAGAUUCCUCAAACCCUUUGUCUGCAAAUUUUUGUAGUAGUGGCUAUGAUGAAGCACCCAGUAAUGGUAGAUGGAUUUUUAACAAGUUUCUGAAAGCUUCAGAGGCUGAUCUUACUGGGUUACUGCCUUAUUCAUCCAUAGGAAACAUAGAACCGAAUGGAUGGUCAUCAUCAAAUGUUGCAAACUUGGCUAAUCAUGCUUAUAACUCGUCUAAUUGUAGUAAUGAGCUAUCAUUAAGCCUUGCUUCAUCGUCUCCAACCACAGGUCAGUGCUCUGACUUGACUCAUAGUAUGAAUGGAACAUCAUCAGGCAACAGUAUGGAAGUUAGUAUGAGUAUGGAUUCUAAUGGAAGAUUUCAGUUUUCACCGGCAAUUCUUGGAUCAAGAUACCUUUCUGGAAUUCAGGAGAUACUUGUUCAGAUUGCAACAUAUUCAUUUGAAAAUUUAGAAGAGGUAAAUUAUUCAGCUGCUGGUGUUAGAGGAGGUAAUAAAUCAACUUCAGCGUUCACACCCAAGAGAAGGAUAGCAACAAAUCACAAUGCAGAUUCUCCAUUGCAAGGACAAGCUGCUGAAUCAAUCAAAUCUCAACUGCUGAUGCUUCUACAACUGGUGGACAAUAGAUAUAGUCAGUGUUUGGAUGAGGUACAUACCGUUGUAUCUGCAUUCCAUGCUGCUACUGAGCUGGACCCACACAUACAUGCACAUUUUGCUCUUCAAACAAUCUCUCUCCUAUACAAGGACUUGAGAGAGAGGAUUAGCACUCAAAUUCUUGCCAUGGGGUCCAAUUUCAACAUGUCAUGCUCUGAAGAGGAGAAGGAAUGGUCUAUGGAAACUUCAUUUGUUCAGAAGCAAUGGGCUCUCCAACAGUUGAAAAGAAAAGAUCAGUUAUGGAGGCCCCAAAGGGGCUUGCCAGAAAGAUCUGUCUCAGUUCUACGUGCUUGGAUGUUUCAGAAUUUCCUUCAUCCGUAUCCCAAAGAAGCAGAGAAGCAUUUGCUUGCUGUAAAAAGUGGGUUGACAAGGAGUCAGGUAUCGAACUGGUUUAUAAAUGCCCGUGUUCGGCUAUGGAAACCAAUGAUAGAGGAAAUGUAUGCUGAAAUGAGUAGAAGGAAAGCUUGUCGAAAUGAAGAAGGAAAGGAGACCAGUCAUAAAAGCAGGAUAAGCUUGAAUAAUCAAAUGUUUAACAUCAAUUGAAGGUCAAGAAAGUCACAUAUAUAUCAAUUUGAUGUAGCAUUAUUUUUAUCUGUGAUUAAUGAUUAUCAUUAUCGGAUCAAGUAAGAAACACGACUAAGCUGAACUAAGAAUUGUGCAUAAUGCCCUGUUUAGUUGUUGGGUAUACUAUGGGUAUACAAUGAUUAUUGGAGUUGCAGCUCUUAAAAGUAUGCUUUUCAUACAA